AUGACAUCCUCUCUCUCACCGUCGCCUACAAUCCUUGUCCCUCACCUUCCACCAAAGACCUUUGUCGGCAUCGACCUAAUAACCUUCACCUCCACCCCCAACUUCCACGGCAUCCGCGACCUCCCCUCAGGAUGGCACUUCCUCUACACCGGAACAACAGAAAGUCUAUCCCUCCGCAGCGGCGGCUGGUUCUAUGUCGGUGACAUAACCAAAUUCGACGAAGCCCAAGCUGGCAGCGUCGCGCUCACCACCCCCUCGCACCCCGGCGCAGACAUAAUCGUCUGGAAAUGGAACACCGACACCGAGACCCUAGCCCCAUUAACCAUCGACAGCGACGCAGACAAACAAGAAGCGAUGCGCCACAAAGCGAACCUGGGAGCUAUAUGGCAAAGGGGUGGAUUAUUCCGGUACCGCAGUCGGGUCUCACCGGCGGCUUUGGCGCAACAGAAUGCUGGACAUCCGGUACAACUUGAAAUCGACGAGGAGGAUGAGGAAGAAGGAAGACAGACCUGGAAGGAACUGACGGAUAAAUUGACGCCGCGGCUUUUGACGCGCGUUGUGGGCGAUCCGGCUCUGGAUGUGGAUGGUCGGCCGCGGUGGAUGGUUACGUCUGCUAGCUCGGCGCAGAGGGAUACGGAUGUUAUACCUGGGCUUAUGGAUUCGGCGGAGGCGACGGAGGAAUUAGAGAAGGUUACGGGGGAGAAGGAGAGCGAGUUCUCGUUUCUGCCGAUUGAUUUGAAGAGGACGUGGCGGGAGGGGGCUAUUGGGCGUGAGAGGACGGAGGCGGCGCAGGAUCGCUCGUGGGCGUUGGGUGACUUGAUACAUCGGGUUUCUGCGGAUGCUGGGGGGGAUGAAAGUGUUGGGGAGGCUCAGGUGCUUGGGGAGCUGCAGUUUGCGUUCUUGAUGAUCUUGACGCUCAUGAAUUACUCUUGCCUCCAGCAGUGGAAGAGGCUGCUGGAGUUGGUUCUGACGUGUCGGGCGGCUAUACGGGACAGAGAGGCCUUGUUGGCUGGGGUGUUGAGGUUGCUUUUACUGCAGCUCAAGAGAUGUGAUGAUGUUGAAGGGGGGCUGUUCGAUCUUGAUGGUGAGGAAGGUGGUGAGUUCCUACGAAGACUACUGGUGAAGUUUAGACGGUCGCUUCAUGAGAUCGUCGAUGGAACUGAGUCAAUGGUGAAGACUGAGUUUGACAAGCUCGAGGCUUGGGUCAAGGAGGAAUAUGAUUGGGAGCUGAACCGUGAAGUCUUUGUUCGACGGGGUAUGGUUCAAUUGGAGGAUGGUGAAGAAGUGGAGCUUGAUAUGCAUGAUGAUGAUGAAGACGACGAACUAGGAGAGUAUGCUCCGAUGGUGGUAGAUCUGGGAGACAAUCCCUCGCAGGAUCGUGUAGAUAUGGGAGAGGCUUGA